UAAUAGCGAACUAUAAAUACGACGUCCAACUAAUCGUGAAUGCCAUAAACAAAAACGAGUGCACCUACCUACUCGGAACUCCUACUAUGAUCAUCGAUAUAAUGAACUAUUUAGAGAAAAGCGGACAGCAGUUACUUAGUUUAAAGGGACUAGUAAUAGGCGGGGCUACAGUUCCCCGCGAGAUGGCGUACCGGGUGCUGAAACUAAUACCCAAUUGCACGGAUGUAAGGGUGGGAUACGGGGCUACCGAAGCUGGUACGGGAGGGACUACGUCAUAUCAAUCGGACACCCUGGUCGUCCAAUAGACCACAUGGAAACUAAAAUUGUAGAUCCAAGGACAGGUAAAACUGUAUUAAUUGGUGAGACAGGUGAAUUAUUAUCGCGAGGGCACAAUCAGAUGAUAGGCUAUUGGAGAAAUGAGAAAGGUACCCGCGAUGCCAUUGAUAACAACAAAUG